GAUUUCCUCCUAUUUCUGCCCGAUUGUCUCCUCAUCUUCGUGGCAGAAGUUGCCGUGGACUGGGUGAAGCAUGCCUUCAUUUCCAAGUUCAACGUCAUCCCUUCAGACGUGAGUCACUCUCUGCUCUUUUAUUUGCUCCGCUGUCCUUACUUUUUCAAUCGCCCUUCUGCGGUUUCCCCUCAAAGUUCUAUGGGCUCCUCUGACUAG